AUGGAAAAGACACAACUGGUGUUUGGCCCCUAUCCGCCAUCCGCGCCCACUUCCUCCCUCGCCCAAGACCAAAUCUUCUUCGACUCCGCCGGCGGCUCCCAGGCCCUCGGCGCCGUCGCCGACGCCAUCGCCACCCACUUCCUCGCCUCCAACGUCCAGCUCGGCCCCACCUACGCCGCCGCCCGCCGCGCCCGCGCCAACUACGACGCCGCCUUCGCCGCCGCCGCCCGCUUCCUCAACUGCCGCCCGGACCAAAUCGUCUUUGGGCCCUCCACCACCCAGCUCCUGCGCAACGUCUCCCACGCCCUCGACUUUGACGACGCCAAUGAUGAUGCCGACGAUGCGCCGUCCUCCUCCAAGCGCGACGAAAUCAUCCUCUCCGCCAUCGACCACGAAUCCAACAUUGCCCCCUGGCUCGCCCUCGCCCACCGCCUCCACCUCCGCGUAACCUGGUGGAACCCCACCACCUCCUCCUCCUCCUCCCUCCUCACCACCCUCGCCGACCCUUCCGCCCCCGCCACCGGCAUCGCCGCCCUCGUCUCCCCGCACCCUCCUCGUCUACGGCCCCCACAUCUCCACCCUCUACGCCUCCCCGCGCCUUUUCCCCGCCUCCGGUCCCUCGGCCACUUUUUUCACGACCCCGCCACCCUCGAGGGCAAGCUCGGCCUCGCCGCCGCCUCCUACGAACUCCUCCAGGCCGUCCCCGCCGUCGUCGACUACCUCGGUGGCCCCGACGGGCCCCAUCGCCGCGCCGCCGACGCGAACCAGACGGCCGUCCUCCGGCCCUUCCUCGCCUACCUCGCCGCUAGCCCCGACAAGUUUACCGUCUACGGCGGCACCGACCUCCACCCUGCCCGCCUCCCCGUUGUUAGCUUCUCCGUCGCCGGGUGGAGCUCUCGGCGCGUGGUCGAGGAGGUGGAAAAGGUUAGCAACAUUGGCAUCCGCUGGGGUCACUUUUACGCCCCGAGGCUGGUGGGCGAGAUCUUGGGCCGGUUGGAAGACGGGCUCGACGGCAUCAUCCGGGUGAGCUUUGCUCAUUAUAAUUCGGUUGAGGAAGUCGAGAGGCUCAUUACCGUGCUUGAUUCCGUCCUCUCUCAGCCUGCGCCAACAUCGAAUGCGUGA